UGCCCUUUGGGUAUGUUCGCCUUGGUUUUUAGAUGCUCUUUAUGUGCCGUUCUCAUCCCUUCUGGCCUAGGCAUCUCAUUUGUUCAGCAGGGCGGGGUUGAAAACCGAAUCCCCCUCCAUUCUCCCUUUCCCUUUCUUCCUCUACCCCUCCGUUGGUUUCUCAUGGCGGUGGCUUGUUUUGGGGUGCUAUGGGAACCCCUGGGUUUUUGUUUCUGCCUCUCAUUUUAGGCCUCAUCUCCUGUGUAAACAGUUACCAUUGUGGCUUGUGCGUCUGUGCAUGUCCCCCCUCCUUUCCUCCGUAUCCAGCGCAGCAGAAUCGCCGGGGCAGCCAUAUUGAGAUGAUGUGCUGACAGUCCUCCAGGAGCUUAGCCAGGGAUGGGGCCGAAGGGCGAAAAAGAAUGAUCCGGAAUUGGUAGCGGAGUCCAGUCGCUUCCUGGAAUCCCUUUUAUCUUAAUUGCCGUGGCUUGUUAAUGUUUUCAUGGAAAGGUGUCUUUGUAGUCCAUUUUCUUCUCGGGUGGAGCAUUGGAUGUGAGAAUUCCAGACGAGGAAAGACAACACUGUGGAAGUCUCUGGUACCUAAUUUCUGGAGUACGCGCAAGAGGCCGCCAAAAUGUCAGGUGCUUCUGUCAAGGUGGCCGUCCGGGUCCGACCCUUCAACUCCCGAGAGACCAGCAAAGAGUCGAAAUGCAUCAUCCAAAUGCAAGGCAACUCAACCAGUAUUCUCAACCCAAAGAACCCCAAGGAACCGCCCAAAUCCUUCAGCUUUGACUACUCCUAUUGGUCCCAUACCUCGUCCGAAGACCCUUGCUUUGCAUCCCAGAGUCGUGUGUACAAUGAUAUUGGGAAGGAGAUGUUGCUGCAUGCCUUUGAGGGCUACAAUGUCUGUAUCUUCGCUUAUGGCCAAACGGGAGCUGGAAAAUCCUAUACUAUGAUGGGGAAGCAGGAGGAGAACCAGGCCGGGAUCAUCCCACAGCUCUGCGAAGAGCUGUUUGAGAAGAUCAAUGAUAACAGCAAUGAGGAAAUGUCUUACUCAGUGGAGGUCAGUUAUAUGGAAAUCUAUUGUGAGAGAGUCCGAGACUUGCUGAAUCCCAAGAACAAGGGGAACUUGCGUGUCCGGGAGCACCCUUUGCUCGGGCCCUAUGUGGAAGAUCUCUCCAAACUUGCCGUCACUUCUUACACUGACAUUGCAGAUCUCAUGGAUGCUGGGAACAAGGCCAGAACGGUGGCAGCUACCAACAUGAAUGAAACCAGCAGCCGUUCCCAUGCUGUGUUCACGAUUGUGUUCACCCAGAAGAAACACGAUGCUGAGACUGACCUUUCCACUGAGAAGGUCAGCAAGAUCAGCCUUGUGGAUCUUGCCGGGAGCGAGAGGGCAGACUCUACUGGUGCCAAAGGGACUCGGUUAAAGGAGGGAGCAAAUAUCAACAAGUCUCUCACUACUCUGGGGAAAGUCAUUUCAGCCUUGGCAGAAGUGGAUAAUUGCACCAGCAAGAGUAAGAAGAAGAAGAAGACUGACUUUAUUCCUUACAGGGAUUCUGUACUGACCUGGCUACUUCGGGAAAACCUAGGUGGCAAUUCAAGAACUGCAAUGGUGGCUGCUUUGAGUCCAGCAGACAUAAACUAUGAUGAAACUUUAAGCACUUUAAGAUACGCUGAUCGAGCAAAACAGAUCAAAUGCAAUGCAGUUAUCAAUGAGGAUCCCAAUGCCAAACUGGUGCGGGAGCUGAAGGAGGAAGUAACACGACUCAAGGACCUUCUCCGCGCCCAAGGGCUUGGCGAUAUUAUUGACAUUGAUCCGUUGGAAGAUUUCUCUGGAAGUGGAGGCAAAUAUCUGAAAGAUUUUCAGAACAAUAAGCACAGAUACUUGCUAGCUUCAGAGAAUCAACGUCCUGGCCAUUUUUCCACAGCAUCCAUGGGUUCCCUCACCGCAUCCCCAUCUUCCUGCUCUCUCAAUAGUCACGUGGGCUUAACAUCAGUCUCCAGCAUCCAAGAACGGAUCAUGUCUACUCCAGGAGGAGAGGAAGCCAUUGAACGUUUGAAGGAAUCUGAGAAAAUCAUUGCGGAGCUGAACGAGACAUGGGAGGAGAAACUGAGGAAGACGGAGGCUAUUCGGAUGGAGAGAGAAGCUUUGCUGGCCGAGAUGGGAGUAGCCAUAAGAGAAGACGGAGGAACCUUAGGCGUGUUCUCACCUAAAAAGACCCCUCAUCUUGUAAACCUCAAUGAAGACCCCCUCAUGUCGGAGUGCCUACUUUACUAUAUCAAAGAUGGUAUAACCAGGGUAGGCCAGGCUGACGCAGAACGGCGUCAAGACAUCGUGCUGAGUGGCGCUCACAUCAAAGAAGAGCACUGUAUAUUCCGAAGUGAGAGGAACCACAGUGGCGAUGUUAUCGUUACGCUGGAACCUUGUGAACGAUCAGAAACCUAUGUCAAUGGCAAGAGGGUGGUGCAGCCAGUUCAGCUACGCUCAGGAAAUCGUAUUAUUAUGGGAAAGAACCACGUGUUCCGUUUCAACCACCCUGAGCAAGCGCGGGCUGAAAGGGAGAAGACUCCGUCUGCAGAGACUCCAUCGGAACCAGUCGACUGGACUUUUGCUCAGAGAGAAUUGUUAGAGAAACAAGGCAUUGAUAUGAAGCAAGAAAUGGAAAAAAGACUUCAAGAAAUGGAGAUUCUGUACAAGAAGGAGAAGGAAGAAGCAGAUCUCUUACUAGAGCAACAGAGACUAGACUAUGAGAGCAAACUCCAGGCCUUACAGAAGCAGGUGGAGACUCGGUCCUUGGCUGCCGAGACCACAGAGGAGGAGGAGGAAGAAGAGGAAGAGGUGCCCUGGACUCAGCAUGAGUAUGAACUUGCCCAGUGGGCUUUCCGGAAAUGGAAGUUUCAUCAGUUCACUUCCUUACGAGAUCAACUAUGGGGCAAUGCGGUCUACCUGAAAGAAGGCAAUGCAAUCAGCGUGGAGCUGAAAAAAAAGGUACAGUUCCAGUUCGUCCUGCUGACCGACACGCUGUACUCUCCGUUGCCUCCGGAACUCUUGCCGCCUGAGACGGAGAAGACCCGGAAUGACUGCCGACCUUUCCCUCGGACAGUGGUGGCUGUGGAAGUCCAGGAUAUGAAGAAUGGAGCAACUCAUUACUGGUCUCUGGAGAAGCUCAAACAGAGGCUGGAGUUGAUGCGGGAGAUGUACGACCGCGCAGGAGAAAUGGCCUCCAAUGCGCAGGAGGAGGGCGAGAGCACCAUGACAGGCAGUGACCCAUUCUAUGAUCGUUUCCAUUGGUUCAAGCUAGUUGGGAGUGUUCCGUUAACCGAUAUAUCUAGCUCCCCCAUUUUCCACGGCUGUGUGAAUGAACGCCUGGCAGACCGCACGCCGUCCCCCACUUUCUCCACGGCCGAUUCCGACAUCACCGAACUCGCCGAUGAGCAGCAGGAUGAGAUGGAGGACUUUGACGACGAGGCCUUUGUGGACGAUACUAGCUCCGACGCUGGGACUGAGGAGGGAUCGGACCUCUUCAAUGAUGGGCACGACCCGUUUUACGACCGGUCCCCUUGGUUCAUUUUAGUGGGAAGGGCAUUUGUGUACUUGAGCAAUCUCCUCUAUCCAGUGCCGCUCAUCCACAGAGUAGCUGUGGUCAGCGAGAAGGGGGAAGUGCGCGGAUUUCUCCGUGUGGCUGUCCAAGCUAUAGCUGCUGAUGAAGAAGCCCCUGACUAUGGAUCUGGUGUUCGGCAGUCUGGAACGGCUAAGAUCUCUUUCGAUAAUGAAUAUUUUAAUAAGAGCGAUUUCUCAGCAGUUGCAAUGACCCGUUCUGGAUUGUCCUUGGAGGAACUGCGAAUUGUGGAAGGGCAGGGACAGAGUUCAGAGGUCAUCACACCUCCUGAAGAAAUCAAUAGAAUAAAUGACCUCGACCUGAAGUCUACCACUUUGCUGGAUGGCAAGAUGGCCAUGGAAGGCUUUACCGAAGAGGUUGGUGAUCAUCUGAAGUUGGGUAGUGUAUUUACUUUCCGUGUGACAGUGCUGCAAGCCAGUGGGAUCCUCCCGGAAUAUGCGGAUAUCUUCUGCCAGUUCAACUUUCUGCAUAGACACGACGAAGCCUUUUCUACUGAGCCUCUCAAAAACAACGGCCGUGGAACUCCUCUGGGUUUCUAUCAUGUCCAGAAUAUUUCCGUGGAAGUGACAGAAUCUUUUGUGGAAUAUAUUAAGACGAAGCCUAUAGUAUUUGAAGUCUUUGGACACUAUCAGCAACAUCCACUCCAUCUGCAGGGACAGGAUCUUAUCAGCCCUCCACAGCCUUCCCGGCGAUACUUUCCUCCUCCUAUGCCACUCUCAAAACCAGUCCCAGCUACCAAGCUUAAUACAGUGAAUAAGCCCAGCUUGGGACAGAGUGUGACCAAAUACGAUCUCCUUGUCUGGUUUGAGAUCAGCGAGUUGGAGCCAACUGGAGAAUACAUUCCUGCUAUUGUUGACCACACAAGUGGAUUGCCUUGCCAAGGAACAUUCCUGCUUCACCAGGGAAUACAACGUAGGAUCACUGUCACAAUUAUCCAUGAGAAAGGAAAUGAGCUGCACUGGAAAGAUGUGAGGGAGCUAGUGGUUGGGCGCAUCAGAAACAAAGCGGAAGUGGAUGAUGGCGCAGUGGAUGCAAUCUUAUCUCUGAAUAUUAUCUCUGCAAAAUAUCUGAGAAUUUCACACAGCUCUAACAGAACUUUCUACCGCUUUGAGGCUGUCUGGGACAGCUCCCUCCACAACUCCCUUCUCCUGAACCGGGUGACCCCCUAUGGAGAGAAGAUCUACAUGACACUUUCAGCUUACCUUGAGCUGGACCACUGCAUCCAGCCGGCAGUCAUUACCAAGGACAUCUGCAUGGUCUUCUAUUCACGAGAUGCUAAGAUCUCUCCCCCUCGCUCAUUGCGCAGCCUCUUUGGCAGCGGUUAUUCCAAAUCCCCAGAUUCAAAUCGUGUAACUGGUAUCUAUGAGCUGAGCUUGUGCAAAGUGGCAGAUACGGGGAGCCCAGGGAUGCAGAGGAGGAGGAGGAAAGUCUUGGACACUUCCGUGGCCUACGUCCGGGGAGAAGAGAAUCUGGCAGGCUGGAGGCCCCGAGGGGACAGCCUCAUUCUGGAGCACCAGUGGGAAUUGGAGAAACUGGAGCUACUGCAUGAGGUUGAGAAGACUCGUCACUUCUUGCUGCUGCGUGAGAAGCUAGGGGACAGCAUCCCCAAGUCCUUGAGUGACUCGCUGUCCCCCAGCCUCAGCAGCGGGACCCUCAGUACCUCCACCAGCAUCUCCUCCCAGAUCUCGUCCACCACCUUUGAGAGUGCCAUCACGCCCAGCGAAAGCAGCGGGUAUGAUUCGACAGAUAUUGAGAGCCUGGUGGAUCGGGAGAAAGAGUUGGCCACCAAGUGCCUGCAGCUUCUUACUCACACGUUCAACCGUGAAUAUAACCAGGUCUACAACAGCAUCAGUGAUUGUAAGCUGUCCGAUAUCUCUCCACUUGGGCGAGACCCGUCAGUUUCAAGCUUCAGCAGCGCUACCCUCACGCCUUCCUCGACCUGUCCGUCGCUGGCUGAUUCAAGAUGCAACUCUGUGGAUCAGAAGACCCCCGAAGCAAAUUCCCGUGCCUCCAGUCCUGGUCCAGAAGGGGAACCAUUCCCAAUGAUGCCACCUGUUGAAGCUUCUUACCUGGCUAGAGCAGGCAAAAAUGAGUUCCUGAACCUUGUUCCUGACAUUGAGGAAAUCCGACCUGGCUCUGUGGUCUCCAAGAAAGGAUAUUUGCACUUCAAGGAGCCCCUUUCUCCAUCAUGGGCUAAGCACUUUGUGGUGGUCCGCCGCCCCUACGUUUUCAUCUACAACAGCGACAAGGACCCUGUGGAAAGAGGGAUCAUCAACCUCUCCACGGCUCAGGUGGAGUACAGCGAGGAUCAGCAGGCCAUGGUGAAGACACCCAACACCUUUGCCGUGUGCACGAGACACCGUGGCGUCCUCCUCCAAGCCAUCAAUGACAAAGACAUGAAUGACUGGCUAUACGCUUUCAACCCACUUCUCGCCGGCACGAUACGGUCCAAACUUGCCCGAAGGCGCUCGGGACAGCUGAAGUACUGAGUCCACGAGGGGGUUCUCAUCCCGAUCCACCUUGCCCCCCUCUAACACGCCUUCUGAUAUAGAUAAAGCGUUACCUCUCAUUUCUCUGUGAUUCUUGAAUCUCUCUCUUUUCUUGUAUGUAAUCCUGUGGCUCAUCUUUCCUUGCCCCCCUCCGCCCACGCCCUCCUCUUCAGCACUUAAUCCAAUUGUUCUAACCUUCUUCUCUUUCUGCCUCUCCACUUUAUCAGUCUGAGGAUGGUUUCCAUUUUUACCUGUGCUGAAAAUACUAUUACUAGCAUGUGGCCAAAUGGAAGGAAGAAACAAUAGGGAAAAAAGGGGUAGGGGGUGGGGGUUCCAAUUUAUGCGCACGACUUUUCGAAAAGAAGGGAAACCAUUUUGAUUUUGUUUCUUGGGGCACUUGGGUCCUCAUCCAGUCGCCUUCGUCUGCACUGUUCAAUGUGAUGUCUUUUGUCUCUGGACUCUUCCUUUUUUGGUUUUUCACUCAGCUUGGUGUGAUCUGGAAAAAACCUGAUUGCUGCUCUCAAGGCAAAGUUUCUUGCGCUCUUUGUAUCCAGUGUAGGUUUGACCAAGCUUCCUUGCAUCUUCCUUUGUACAGUGGAGCUGCCAGUGAAUUUGGCUUGUGUCAUGUUGGCUUUCAACCAGUUACAUUUUAGGCUGCAUCUCUGUUUUAGGCUGCUGGAGUUGCCUUGAGGGAUUUGACAAUUUCACAGCCGUCAGCCCUGGGGCAUUUGCUGCCAUUGGUGUCACUUGAAGAGAUGUAGCCCAUUCUGGACUCGGCACCCUGCAGGCAUUAUCCAGAUGCAAUCCUUGCAGUUUAAGCAGAGGAUCCUUCUGCGCUGAAUCCACAUAGACAAGCAAGUUCCUUUGUGUGUUCUCAUGUUGCUUAAUGCAGCAGCUGGGGCUGAAAUUGUUCCUCUGAAGUAUCUGUUGCCAGGCACAGUUUUGAGAUCCAGACAGAGGUGGAGGACCCCAAAUGAAGUCUCAGUUUCAUUCCUUUUCUGGAAGUAAGCAGCAGACGAGUGAAGGGAAGAAAGCAGAGCCUGGCUUUCAACUAUGUUUGAGAGGCCUGUAACACCUCAAGAAGGUGCAGACAGCCAGUUGUGUAACAGAUUUCUGAAAGUCCUCCACACACUGCCCUCCAUUUUUUCGGUUGGAGCUACUCAGGACAAGGGUGUCUUUGGAGCUCAGGGAAGGAAUGCCAAGAAGUUGAGAUUCACAGUGGUUGUAAUCCUAUUGAGGGAUUAGGGUUUUUUUGGCCAAAAUCAUGUCCGUUAGAAGAGUUUCCCCAUAAUAUUUUGGAGAGUUUAACAUAAAUACACAUAAUGGUGGGGAGUUAAUCCUCAUCACUUCUCCUCUUUGCCUUUCCCUUGGCUUAGGAUGCUUUGUAAGCAAUUGACACUUACUCAGAAAUCGUCUUUUUAGAAAUGCUGCUCCAAAACCACCUAGGCUUUAAAGCUAAACCAAGAAGAGCCGGAAAACUGUUUGAAUCUCUUUUGUUGUCUUUUGUUUUGAAACAGAAUGGAGCUACCUAUCCCUUCUCCCCUCUCCAUUGUGGAAAAGAGCAUUUCAUAUGUGCCCAUGCAGAUUAGGCAUUUGUCUCUUUUCAGUCCUUUGUGCGUCUUGAGUAGGAGAGAAGCUUUUAAGAUGUAGGCACAACUCUUUGAGACUCUUAUGGUUCUCCCUACCCAGGGAUUGCAAAUAUAGUGCAGCAGGCUGUGCUUCUGCAGGCAUGAAACCGCUAAUUUCACCUAGAUGUCUUGUUGUUGCCCAUGUUGUGCCAGCUUUCCUUUACCCAACGCCCUUGCUCUAGCUGUCUCUUAGGCCUAGUUUGUAGAAACACUGGCUGAAGUGAUGAUAAUGAUAACAGUAAACUAGCAUUUGGGGUGUACAACAUCCAGAUUGUAAGUUAGGCUACUGGAUGAAUGGGUGCUCAUUCCAUAGAAAAAAGAUUUCUCCAAACAUGGGAAGACCAGAGUUUUACCCCUUUCCCCUGAGGUGCUAGGUUUCAAAAUGCAGGGAAAUAUGUUAUAUGAAAAGCAUACCUGAGGUGUGGGAUGCCACAGGUUGACCUCAUCUUCAUCUUGCUGUCCAAACUGGGCCUUAACCAAAUGCUUUUUCAACCUCUGCUCUAAGUUUCUCUCAUCUGUGAAGUGAAUUCAUGUUCUAGUCUACUUUUUCUUCUGAGGGGCCAUCUUUUUCCUUUCCCUUCACCCUGUCAAACCUACUUUGACUUUUGUGGCUCACUUUGAGUGUGGAAAAAGCUUUGGUCAUUUGGGGAGAGCAUUUUCAGCCUCAGGUUCCUGUAUCCAGAGACGAUUGCACAUGUCUCUCCAUCCAUCACCUUCGGGGACAUCUCAGAUGCUUCGGCUCAGAAAGUGAACUUCUGUUCAAACUACUCAUCAUCUCCUAUCAGAGAACUCAUUGGCUUGAGGUCCUGAGUUGACAACAAAACGGCAACCUCGCUGCAUUUUUGGGAAAUGAUAUUUCAACUUCUACAGGGAAGAAAUAAGGACCUUGCAAAUGGGACAGGAUGGUGUGACUAUCUUUAACAUGCCCAUCUUACCUUUAAAAACCUAACAGGUAUCUAGGUUGUAACACUUCUUGACACUUUCUGUGGGUCUUUUGUGUGGGGUCCCAAAUCAUGAAACAGGACACGGUUGUGCAUGUAUUUUUUGUUUGAAUGUUCAUUGUGUUUGUCUGAUUGUGUACAUCUCAGCACGGUGCUUCAUGUUUCUUUUGUUAUCCAAUGGACACACUCUGCACUGCCGGCGUGUUUGUGCACAAACCGAGGCUGCUGGUUCAGAAGUUAAGUGGAUUUUGCGACGGAUUUGAAUGAUGGAUUUAAGAUUUUGCGCAGAGCUCUAAGUCACUGCAGCUGCCACCUUUGGAUGACAGCAGAGGUGGGCAAUCUGUGAAACCAGAGAACCCUGGAGGAGGUCUUCUGAUGAGGACUGUGGGCACACUAAGAUAAAACUGUCUAUGUGUUGUUUGUGUUUUUGUUUCUUAAAAAUGUGGCACACAACUCGUCUGCAAAGUUUUUGCUUUGGAAAGCUCACUGCCCAGGAGUGGACUAUAAAUACAGGAGUUAUGUAUAAGCAUUAAGGGUCUCUUCUUAAGUCCGUGGGCCAAGAACAUUAAGGUAUACUCAGAGCCGGGAAUUAAUGGCAGUGUGUUGCGUAAAGGUCACCGGUUUCAUGUCACCUUGGAUUGGUUUGUUUGUGGAGCUCGGAUCAGAGGGAGGAGGACAAGUGUCUGCUCUGAGCCGUUGCUUCCUUUGCUGUUUCUGGAGCUGGUGGCUUUAGAAACAGUUUUAAAAGCGAUGCAGUGUGAAUUCCUUUUUCAUAAUCUGUUCCUGAGCUGGAUUUCCUUUGUUGCCCAUUCCAGCAUGGCUACGCUUCGGCCAAAUAUCUCUCUGCUAACCCUUCCCUUGCCAAAAGCGAGUAGGGAAUACUCACCUACCACAUCUCAGUCUGAAGCAUUCUGCGAUUCCAACCAAAGGACCGAGAAUCUGCUCUCUCUUUCUGAAAACCCAACAAAGGGUGGCUGGUUUGGCUGGACGUAGCUCUCCUAGAGUCAGCCAGCUCUUAGGAGACCAGCCUGCCGCCACCGCCAUGCCCUGGGCCAGCCAACCCAUGGAGCAUGGGUCGCAAGCAUGAAGGAUGAUUGGAGACUGGCAUUGUUCCCUCUCCUGGGUUGGAAUUGCAGCUUAUCUGAGUCGAGAGGACUUUUCAAAGACCAGACAGAACCAAUAGCAUUGGCAAUGGGGAUGUGGUAGCUUAAUUUGCUGUUUUGAAUCUUUUAUUGUCCCCCCCCCCCCUCCCUUUUAAGGAAUGCACUUUAAUUCUUCUGGCCAGUGUUUCAAGUAAAGGGAAAAGGGGGGAAAGCAGUUGUUUCCCAGCAGGCUCCAAACCGGUGGGUAGCAAUAUUCAUUCCCCCCUUUAUCAGAUCUCCUGUGGCGUUCCAAAGCAAAGCUUUUCCUGUCUGCUGCUUUAUGACUUAACCAUUUACAGGGAAUAUUUAACUUUUUUUAAAGAACGAUGUCUAUUUAUGCAUUUGUAGUUUACUUGUACACUAAAGUUGGCUAUCUGUGGGGCUGAACGCAGCCCCUUUGGUUUAUGUGACCAAGGGUUAAUGCUUCCUCUGCCUAUGCAUCAAGUGGUACAUACGGUCCUCAGCGUAAGGGCCGGCUGGAUUGUGUUAUGUUGCUUUUUAAACAUUUUUUAUUUUAACCAGCUACUUUGAGAGACUGGGAAGGAAACUAAUGUUGCUGCUCUGAGUUUUGUUGAAUGUAUCCGAAACAGGACUUCACUUUAUGUUAGUAUCCGAUGACUCUUGUUGUGGCUAACUUUGAUCCUAACUCCAGGGUCCCAUCUGUAUUUCUUCUUUUUUUAUGUAUAUAUAUGGUAGGAAUGUAUCUAAUUUUGUGCUUCCUUGUUCAAACAGAAACGUUAGCCAUUGGCGGCGGGAGGAAACUGACUUUUUACUUUUGCUUUUUGGGGGGCGUCCAGGAGCCUCUUUGUGAAUGCCAAGUGCAGACAACCCAACUUGGUCCUAUAAUACUUGAAGCGCUCCAGCAAUGUCCGCUGGCAUUUGUUGAAGGCCAUACUCUUUGGUUUUGCAGGAAAGCACUUGUGUCUCUCUCUGGGCGUCCCAGAAAAGGCUGUCCUACUUUUCAGUAUUGCUGGCUCAGUGCCCUCAUCCAGAGAGGUCUAGAGCAACCACUAGAGGCUCAAGAGGGUUGCAUGGUUCCAGCACACUCAAAACAGUUGUUGUUGUUGUUUUCUCCUAUUUAUUAGUAACCUAAAUGCCACACGUUCUGCAUACAUCCCUUUUUGUUCGUCUGGAGUAAUUCACUGAUGUAUUUAAAAUCAGUUCCUUUUCUCACAUACAUACAUACAUACAUACAUACCCCUGCGCCAGAAAUGUACAAUAUAGAUGGCCUUUGGGAACAGACGCCACUCCUCCCUCCAAAACAAUAAUACUCUCAUCCCAGUGAAGGUAAAACACAUCUUUGACGAAUUGACCGAUCUGUUUUUUGUCUUUCCCCCACCCUCCUCCCUCCAUUUUGUAAAUAUAUCUGACGUUUGGAGCUUGGGUAUACAAAAUGUAAAUACAGUUCAUGUAUUUGUACUAAUUCUGAUCCAUUUUGCUGUAUAGCCUUUAGGUGUGCAAUGCAGAUAACUAUUAUCUAACUACUACGUGUAUGGUAACCUUGCACCACCGAACUGUUAGUGAACGAGGUGAACAAAAAAAAAAAGCCAACAGCAACAACAAUAAAGAUACAACCAGUGCAUUACCAAGUUGCACGCUCCA